UGCGCAACUUAAGUGUGAAAGUAUCGGACACCAGGGGGUAACCAGACUUAUUUCGAGCAAGAAAAAAAUUAGCCGCUGGAACAGGUAACCUGGGUAUCCUCUCUCAGGUCCGCGGCAGUAUUGUUCACUUCGCCCACCAGUGACAAGAGGGUUUCCUGGAUUAUGGAAGCUAUGCCCCAGGAUAGUGAGGCUAUAGAGCCCGAGCUGUCCCGUCAGAGGAGAAUGUGGAAGAAUUUUCAAGAGAAAGCCAAACCUUUUUUGAGCCCAAAGCUGGGCUCGGAUCGCCGCGGUGCCGACGGGAAAAAGGAGACGGGAAUGUGGAUGUUUAAGAGGAAAAAGAAGGAGGUUUUAGACCGAGUCUUAUCUUCCUCGCAGCCUAAUCUUUGCUGCUCUGCCCCCCUACCUCCACCUCUCGAUAGCGACAAGCCCCUCUGCAGCAAACCGACCCCUGACUGCAGCAAAGUGCAGAGGCUGCAAAAGCUCGGAACCGCGCGUGCAGAAACAACAGUUAAGGCUGAGAUGCUUGGACGUGGAAGCCCGAAACCCACACUCUCUCAGUUGGUGAUGUCCCACCACAAAAGCUCGUCUCUGGGGUCGGCAUGUUUCGAAAGGCUGGUGAUGGAUUCCGACGGCGGUGGUGGAGGAGACGAACAGUUGCGCAAGAAUGCCAGCGAUUCCGGAAUCAACAUAGUGGGACCAGGUAAUGCCAAACCCCCCCUCGCCAGUUCAGGGAUGUACCAGCUGGACCUUGUGCUGAAGAGCGGGCACAACCUGGCCAUACGGGACAGGGGAGGAACAAGUGAUCCCUAUGUCAAGUUCAAAAUGGCAGGAAAAGAGGUGUUCCGCAGCAAAACCAUCCACAAGAACCUCAACCCUGUGUGGGAGGAGAAGGUCAGCUUGUUGGUGGACAGCCUUCGGGAGCCCCUGUAUGUCAAGGUGUUUGAUUAUGACUUUGGUUUUCAAGAUGACUUCAUGGGAUGUGCCUACCUGUACCUAGAAUCUCUAGAGCAGAAGAGGACCGUGGACGUGAUACUGGACCUGAAGGACCCCCGCUACCCCGACCAUUUCCUGGGGACCUUGGACCUGGCCGCCACCCUGUCCCCAAAAGGGGAGGAGUUUAGAGAAGCUAGAACAGGGCUCAAAACCCAUCGCUGGAGGCCUUACGUAGCGACAACUAUGCUUUUGAGAAGGAGCUGGAAGCGAUCUAGUAAGCAGCAGCAGAACCCGAGGCUGUCGGAGCAGAACAGGAAGUCCCAGCUGUGGAGGGGCAUCGUCAGCAUCAGCCUCAUCGAGGGCCGCAACCUCACGCCCAUGGACACCAACGGCCUCAGCGACCCCUACGUCAAGUUCCGCCUGGGCCACCAGAAGUACAAGAGCAAGACGAUGCCCAAGACCCUGAACCCGCAGUGGAGGGAGCAGUUUGACUUCCACCUGUACGAGGAGAACGGCGGCGUGAUGGAGGUCACCGUCUGGGACAAGGACGCCGGGAAGAGGGACGACUUCAUUGGCCGGUCCCUGCUGCACCUGUCUGGUCUGAGUAAGGAACACACCCACAAGCUGGAGCUCCCUUUGGAGGAGGACAAGGGCAUUCUGGUGCUGCUGGUCACCCUCACCGCCUCCUCUGCCGUCUCCAUCUCCGACCUGUCAGUCAACAUCCUGGACGACCCCGUGGAGCGCCACCAAAUCCUCCGCCGAUACAGCCUGCUGCGGACCUUUCGCAACCUGAAGGACGUGGGGAUGGUGCAGGUGAAGGUCAUUGGUGCAGAGGGUCUGCUGGCCGCUGAUGUCACAGGGAAAAGUGACCCCUUCUGUGUGGUGGAGCUGAGCAAUGACCGUCUGCAGACGCACACCGUCUACAAGAACCUCAAUCCGGAGUGGAACAAGGUCUUCACUUUUAACGUGACGGACAUCCACGCGGUGCUGGAGGUCACAGUUUACGAUGAGGAUCGAGACAGAAGCGCCGAUUUCCUGGGCAAAGUGGCCAUCCCCUUACUAAGAAUCCGGAAUGGAGAACGGAAAGCAUACGCCUUGAAGAACAAGGAGCUGACAGGGCCGACCAAGGGGGUCAUCUUCCUGGAAACAGACGUGAUUUUUAAUACUAUCAAAGCUGGCCUGAGAACAUUAGUACCAAUAGAACAAAAGUACAUUGAAGAGGAACCCAAAGUUUCCAAACAGCUCCUGCAGCAGAACUUUAACCGGGUGAAGCGCUGCAUCCUGGUCCUCAUCAACUCCGGUUACUAUGUCAACAGCUGCCUUGAGUGGGAGUCUCCCCAGAGGAGCAUCUGUGCCUUCCUGCUCUUUCUCCUGGUUGUGUGGAACUUCGAGCUCUACAUGAUUCCACUGAGUCUGCUUCUGCUGCUGGCCUGGAACUACUUUCUCAUCGCCUCAGGGAAGGAUACCGGGCAGGGCGAUGUGCAGGCGCUGGAAGACCUGCUGCAGGACGAGGAUGAUGAGGAUGAUAAAGAUGACAAGGUUCCAGGGACUGACCCAUCAGAGGAACCUGUUCUGCCCACCAACAAUAUCAUGGAGGAGGAGCUUUUGGCCUCCUGGAAUUUGGACUGGAUGAAUAGCAUGGUGGACUCGGAGAGGAAGGGCUUCAUGAACAAGCUGUACGCCAUCCAGGACGUGUGCAUCAGUGUGCAGAGCGCGCUGGACGAAGUGGCCUCCUAUGGAGAGAGGAUAAAGAACACGUUCAACUGGACCGUGCCUUUCUUGAGCUGGCUGGCCAUCACGGCGCUGUUCGUGGGCACUCUGGUCAUAUACUUCGUUCCCCUCAGAUACAUUGUGUUGGCCUGGGGUGUGCAUAAGUUCACAAAGAAACUGCGUGACCCGUACAUCAUCGACAACAACGAGCUGCUGGACUUCCUCUCCCGGGUUCCGUCGGAUGUGCAAGUGGUGCAGUACCAAGAGCUGAAACUGGAUCCUGGUUCCAGCCCCAAUAAAAGAAAGAAAAAUAACCCUGGGUAGUCGCCCCCCCCCCCCACUUCUCCUGAUCCGGAUCUGCUCAGUUCUGUCUUACUUUCUUCCCUCUGAAGUCUUUUUUUUUUGUUGUUAAAAUGCACACACUCUUUGUAAAUAUCAUUAACAUUGUAAAUAAUGAGGGCUCGUAAUUAUUACUUUUUGUUUAUUUUCUGUUUAUUUUUAUUGUUUUGAGGAGAACAAUGGGACCAACAUGGCGACUGAGUCUUGGAGUAAGUGUAAUUUACUCUGUGACUUUGUCCUGAUUUGUAUAUAGAGAGACGGGGUUUUCACUAUUUAUCAAACAUUGCCACCACACACACAUACUGUACACACUCACGUAUACACAGACACACACACACACACACACAAACACUCACACACCUACAUGCUAAGUCAGACACAUAGGCACGUAUGCACAAACACACACAUGCAUUGAAACAAGGCUAUGGAAGCCAAAGGAAUUCAUUUAUUAAAAUGUUCUCUAUCCGUGGACUCCCUGGGGGCUGUGCCGGUGGUCACCAGGGCAACUGUGAUCUCCAUUAGCCCUGACCCCCCCCACACCCCACCCAGCCUCCACAUUUGAGCUCUCAUUUAAAACUUCAGGUAUUUCUCCGGAGGUCACCCGUGUUGGUGCUCUAUGUCACCUGUCCGUGCACGAGGUCACAAAACUGUCUGUCGGAGAUCCCUGAGGCUUCCUGCAAACAUCUGUUUACCUUCACAAAGAGUGUAGGCCCGGAAUGUUUAUUCAAAUUCCACCCACUGCCCCCCUCCAGCACCCCUAAGAAAACACAUAAUCAAGGACUUUUACCCUGUUCCUUUUUGUUUUGUAUUCUUCUCGAAGGGACAUUUCUGAAUCUUAAUGUGUGUACUGCACUGUAUGUAUAAUAAAUGUGUAUUAUUUUAGUACAUAUUUGACAGGUAUAGUGUGUGUCGUAUUGCAUCCAAAUUGUCUUGUUUUUUCUUUCUCUUUUUUUUUUUACAAAUAAUGUACGUGAUGUGUUUGCAAGCAAAGCAAUGUGAGAGUUGUUAAUGAAACACUGGAAGGAAGCCGUACUCAUAAUGUAUGUCAAGGAUACAUGAAGAGAAAAAAGCAUCUGUUUUUGAUCUCUUUGUUUUCUGUUGAUCCUCCUUUAUGUUUUCUGUUUCCAAUUAUGUACAUAAUUCAUUACUGUAUUUUAUAAGCUUGUAAAUGAAGGUUAUUUGUUCAUGAUCCUAUAGAAAUGUAUGUUCAUUUCUCUGGGGCUCUGAGAAUCCGUGGCUGUGUAUUUGUGGUUCAACCACAGUGUGGAUCAAAAGCACUGCCAGUCUAUCAUCAGCAUGCGUUCGAUCUCUGGCAGAUGACUGUAAAGGCAUGUGAGUUGGGCUACUGGGGAGUGAAGGAACAAUAUCCAUAUUAAGUACAUAUGAUACUAUGAUAUGAGAUUAUGACAAUAUAUGCACAUGUGUGUCAACUGAUUUUGUGGGGGGGGGGGGGGAAGAUUAAAUCUCUUUUUUAUAUAA